ACCAGCAUGUUGGAAGAAGAUAAGGAUGAGGCAUGUUGGAACGACCUGGAGAACUUCCGUGUGAAGCUGAUCUCUGUGAUCGACCCCUGCCGCCUGACGCCCUACCUGCGCCAGUGCAAGGUCAUCGGCCACGACGACGAGGAGCAGGUUCUCAACGACCCCAGCCUGGUGGUGCGCAAACGGAAGGCAGGUGUUCUUCUGGACAUUCUUCAGAGAACAGGACACAAGGGUUUUGAGGCAUUUCUGGAAAGUCUUGAGCUUUAUUAUCCACAACUGUACAAGAAAAUAACUGGCAAGGAGCCCAGCAGGGUUUUCUCUACGAUUAUAGACACUGCUGGGGAAUCCGGCCUGAGCCAGCUCCUGAUGAACGAGAUCAUGAAGCUGCAGAGCACGGUGCAGGAGGAGCGGCGGAAGGUGCAGGAGCUCACCGUGUGGCUGCACAGUAAAGAGGACACCAUCAGAGAGAUGUGGGUGAGGGACAGCCUGCUCCACAAGCACCAGGAGCGGGCACAGAAGAUAAAGGAGGAGAGGGACAGCCUGAGCAAGGAGCUGCGGAAGUGCAAGGACGAGAACUACAGCCUGGCAAUGAACUACGCCAGGCAGAGCGAGGAGAAGAGCGCUGCCCUCAUGAAGAACCACGACCUGGUGCUGGAGAUCGAUCGCCUGAAGCACAGCCUCAUGAAGGCCGAGGAUGACUGCCGGCUGGAGCGGAAGCACAGCAUGAAACUGAAACACGCCAUGGAGCAGCGCCCGAGCCAUGAGGUGGUAUGGGAGAUCCAGCAGGAGAAGGAGUUGCUCUUGGCCAAGAAUCAGGAGCUGGAGAACACUCUCCAGCAGGUUGCCAGGGAACAGAGAUUGGAGAAGAGCCUCUCCAGGGAGACUCUGGAGAAUGACUGCAGCCAGAUGCUGGAAGAGCGCCGGGAGCUGCUGAAGACCAUUUACAACCUUCGCAAGCAGCUGCAGCGAGCUGAGGUGUUCCAGGACAAAUAUGCAGAGGAAAAAGAGAUGCUUGAACUACAGUGCACAUCUCUGAGGAAGGACUCCCAGAUGUACAAAAGGCGAAUUGAAGCUGUCUUGCAGCAGAUGGAGGAAGUGGCUUCAGAAAGAGACCAGGCACUCCUGACUCGAGAGCAGUUCUACACGCAGUACUCCAAGAGCCUGGUGGAGAGGGACGCUCACCGCAAGCAGGUCCGGGAGCUGGGGGAGCGCUGUGACGAACUGCAGCUGCAGCUCUUCCAGAAGGAGAGCCAGUUACUGGCUACCCAAGCCAAACUGAAAAGGUUGCAGCUGGAGCUACCCACACCGACCUCUGACCUGGAUGAUGCCUCCUCCAGAGAUUCCCAGGAGCUUACUCUUCAUGGUCAUCUAGAUGAAGAUACAGAACCAGCUAAAAGUAAGGCUUUGCUUGGGAACAGGUAGAGUAAAAUUUGUGAGAGGAUGAUUCAGUGCUUCAAAAGAGCAGGAAAAGACAUUCCUGGGGUUUAUUUCUAGUGAAGAACAGGUAGUCCAAGUGGGGACUUGGUUUGGGAGUGAUGCUUCUCAGUGGGGUGUGCUUGGCACUCUGAGUAAGACCUCCUUGAGUUGACUCAAAGUAGGUACCCAUAAAUCAAGGCAUUCUGCUGUACCAGCAGCUCUCUCACCUAUAAAAGAAGAACAUGUCCCCAGCUGCUGGGAACAGUGAAUGCCUGGAAAGCUUUUCUAAGAUAAAAAGCUCCACAGGCUUUUCACUACCAUAAUCUCUGAAAGGGUCUUUCAUGUAGCUGAAUGACCUGGGAGAAGUGGUAUCAUUAGACCAUCUCUGGGACCCUGAGGCUUUUUCUUGAGGUAAUCUGCCUGCUGAACUUGUCCAGGAAAAAGCACCUGCUGCCUUUGAGAGAGAGCUCCUGGGUGCCUUUUUUCUCCUCACUCCUCUUGCAUUUGUGUCAGAGCCUAGAACAGAACAAACAUCCUUCCAUUUCAGCUGGACCCUGUGGCUUUCUCCAGGGAUCUGUCCCUCCCCUCUUCUCUUUUCUGUUGCAGGCUCUGCUCACAAAAGCAGAACCGUGUAGUUAAUGCUGUCACUGCUUCUGUUUCUGUGGCAUCCCCAGUGGAAAUGAUUCAGCAGUGUGGGGAAAAAGCAAUGAACAGGCUCCUCUAAGAACCUGAAAUUCUCUUUCAGAACAUGUUCAGAAAUGAAGGAAACUGGCACAGCAGCAGCAGCAGUUUUCUGCUUUGAUCUCCUGGAAGAUCAAUAUCAUCUUUUAAUUUAAGAUGGGAGAUUUUUUCACCAAAGCUGAACAAUACUGAUCCCAAAAG